AUGCUCGCCAUCUCAACACGACGAGGCCAAUGCCUUUUCUGUUCCUUUCGAGCCCUACUUGCGACUUCGACUUCCCCGAACCGACAGCGCUCUUCGAGAUACGAGUACUCUAGUUCUGCCCCUUUAUGGCGAGAGAAGACAAAGCCACCGCGCCGCCAUGCCGAACCUCCACGCAAAGUUAGGUCAUCAACAACACCGAACCGAAGACCGGGCUCGCAUAUCAAUCUAUCACCCGAAGCCAUAUCGAACCGGGUGCGCACCAGUCUAGAGAGUCUAAAGAAGCGUCUAGCAUCUACAAAAGCCGACAGUGACUCGGAGCUGACGCAGCUGGCCGCGCUUGAUCCGGACAGGAUAUACUGGGACGGUUUCAAGAGCAAAAUAGAACAAAUCGUGACCGGGUCGAGGGAGAACAGAACGGCAGAAGAUGACCGGCUUCUGGCUGAGAUUGGCCAUACCCAAAAUUCAACGGAGUGGCGUGCGGACCUCGAAAGAGUCCUCCAUUUCGGAUUCAUCGAUCAUGUCUUGCUGAGAAAGGCCGGACAAGAUCCCGGAGACAAGUCGGUCAGACCAGAUCUGCGCUAUCCUACAGAGUGGUAUACUGCCGCUCGUCAGAUUCAGAGGGAUGUCCAUCUCCACAUCGGCCCGACGAACUCGGGAAAGACGUACAAUGCGCUCAAGAGACUCGAGGAGAGUGGUUCCGGGUUCUACGCUGGCCCGCUUCGACUCCUGGCACACGAGGUCUUUUCGAGAUUCAAAGCCAAAGGUCUAUCCUGCGACUUGGUAACGGGCGACGAUGUGAGAAUCGAUGACAAUCCUAAUGUCAUGUUGUCUGCCUCAACCGUGGAAAUGGUUGAUGUCACCACGCCUGUUGAGGUGGCGGUCAUUGACGAAAUACAAAUGAUGGCUUCUGAGGACCGUGGUUGGGCGUGGACGAGGGCAUUCCUCGGUGCGAAUGCAAAGGAAGUGCAUCUCUGUGGAGAAGCCCGGGUCCUUCCCUUGAUCCGUGAAUUAACCGCCUCGACCGGCGAUAGCCUCCAUGUACACGAGUACAAGCGCCUGAAUCCGUUAAAGGUGAUGUCCAAGAGCCUCGGAGGAAACCUCAAGAACCUGCGAAAGGGCGACUGCAUCGUGACUUUUUCGGUCUUCAGCUUGCACGCCAUGAAGAAGCAGAUCGAGCUCGACACGGGCCGUCGAUGCGCCAUUGUUUAUGGAAGUCUACCACCUGAGACUCGGGCGCAACAAGCCGCUUUAUUCAAUGAUCCUGACAACGAUUACGACUUCUUGGUUGCAAGCGAUGCGAUCGGCAUGGGGUUGAAUUUGAGUGUGAAACGGAUUAUCUUCCAUGGAGUCUCGAAAUACAACGGCUCCUACACGGAGCAGUUGACCGUUCCCCAGAUCAAGCAGAUCGGUGGCCGUGCUGGAAGAUACCGAAGCUCACACCAGGCCAUGAACACAUCCAACAAGUCCGAGAACGCCACGGAAGUCAACGUAGGCCUUGUCACCACCCUCAACGAUGAGGAUCUCCCGGUCGUCCGCGAUGCCAUGGCCGCCGAGGAUCCUCCCAUCAAAUUGGCCGGUCUCCUACCUCCGGGUGAUUUCAUGGAAGAUCUGGCAACCCGACUGCCAGAGGGCAUACCCUUCGAAUACAUUUUGAAGCGCCUUUGUCAGUCAGCCACUAUCCAUCGUCGUUUCAAACUAUGCAACAUCCGCGACCAAAGUCGAAUUGCCCGCAUCAUUGAGUCCAUUCGAGGGCUGACUACUAAUCAGCGAGUCGUGCUGACAGCCGCCCCCGGGUAUAGCUCCUCGAAUGAUGUGACUUUGGUAAUGAAAGCCCUCGCGCAAGUCAUAGCCGAGCAAAGGCAGGUCACGGUCGUGGAUGUUGCGGAAAUCAACCUGGAGGUGUUGGAGAAGCCGAUAUCCGGGGAACGAGAAUAUCUACAAAGUUUGGAGGAUCUUCACAAAUCCCUGAUCCUGUUCCUGUGGCUGAGUUACCGAUUCAUUGGGACGUUCAAGGACAGGGAUAUGGCCAUGUACGCCAAAGAGAUGGUCGAGGACAGGAUCAACACAUGCCUGCGCGAAUUUUCGGCAAAUCCGGAACUACGAAAGCGGGUUCUUUCCUACAAGAAAAGAAUGGAUUUUCCCAAGAUCCCGACCCAUGAAGCUGAUGCUUCGAAUCUCGACUUCCCGGCAAAUCAGGAUCCAGCCCUGCGGCUGGAUUGGACCCGUGGAUCGGAGGAAGUUGCAUUCGAAGAGGCACAAUCUGCGCCGGCAACCGUCCCGGCACAUGCAUAG